CUAGUCAAUUUCCAAGUACACGGAAAACAAUUCAAAGACAUAUUAAGAAAACCGAAGAUACAACAGACAAGAACAAGACUGGUUGAAAUGCUUUUUAGUCAGUAACCAAGAAGAAGGGACGUUUUUAGAUGUCAUUGAACCAGAAUGAAGGUUCUUCUCAUGUAUCAAGUGUUCUUGCUGUAUGGAGUAUUAACAGCUUUCAGCUCUCGGCAAGUGGUAGAACCAACCAUAGAUUCUUCAAAGGUCCAAAUUACGUUUGGUGUAAUAUUUCCAAAAACCUUACUCCUCACAGUAACGAGAUCUUACGACAAGAAACUUAGAGAAUCUGUCGAAGCUUUCACACUCAGCAAAUACGUAAAAUAUAAGUUUAAAAACUUCUAUGAAAUCACUUCGCCUCCUAGAGCAGACUUGUCUUUGAACCCAAGCCCUACCGAUAUACUACAGAUAUUGUGUAACAGUGUGGUUAAAGAAAACACAAUUGCUAUUCUAUACUUCACCAAUUCGGAGAUAUUUGGCAGCAAUACGGCAUCUGUACAGUAUUUAUUGCAGCUCACAGCAUACAUGGGAAUUCCUGUAAUAGCAUGGAACGCAGACAACAUUGGAGUUCAACAGCAUGUUUCGGGGUCACGGAUCCUUCAGUUGGCACCUUCUAUGGAGCACCAAGCCGCUGCUAUAUUGAGUAUACUGAGAAGAUAUCUUUGGCACCAAUUCUCCAUCGUUACCACACUUAUAGGUGGACAUGACGAUUUCGUGCGUGCCGUGAGAGACCUUGUUCUUGAGAGUACAGAUUUUACAUUUAAUAUUCUUGACAUAUUCGUGCUGAAAGGAAAAACCAGGGAAGAAAUACGAACUGAACUAGAGCUUUUAAAAAAUGGUGACACGCGAGUAAUCCUUCUCUAUGUUACCAAGGAGGAAGGAAUUGACAUAAUGGGAGCAGCCAAUGAUUUAGGAAUCACAGGGAAAAACUACAUAUGGAUUGCCACUCAGUUAUCUGUCGGAUCGGGAACUGUGCACUCUGCCCCUAGCGAGUUCCCACUUGGCAUGUUAGCGAUCCACUUCAAUGCCAGCACAAAUAAGUUGGAAGAUGAAAUAGAACGAGCGGUAUCAAUAUUUUUUCACGGCUUGGAACUCUAUGUAAACGACCAUUAUAACCAUAAUGAAAUUCUCUCUCACAACCUACAGUGUAAUGGAUCUGGGGACACCAGUUGGAAUCGCGGAGAUUUGUUUUUCAGGUAUCUUCGCAAUGUGAGCAUUCAGACGAGACAGGGACAAUCUGACAUACAUUUUAAUACUGAUGGCACCCUGAAGCAUGUGCAACUUGAAGUUCUGAACCUGAACAGAAGAAAUAUAUGGGAGAAGGUCGGUUCCUGGACAGAGAAUGAGCUGGAAAUUAAAGAUAUCGUUUGGCCAGGCGACUCACCGGUACCUCCACCUGGAGUACCAGAAAAGUUCAAUUUAAAAAUCACAUUUAUGGAAGAACCACCAUAUUUGAAUAUUUUUCCUAUGGAUAAUGAAACUCGCGAAUGUAAAGCAAGUAGAUCCGUCAGAUGUCGAGUUGUUUCUGAAUCUGAACUUAUCGGGGUUAAUAUGUCUGAAGCGAUCCAAGACCCAAAGUAUUUUAAGUGUUGUUCUGGAUUCUGCAUAGACUUGCUCCAGAACUUUGCCGCCGAUCUAGGUUUUACAUAUGAUUUGUUUCGAGUGACUGACGGGACUUGGGGUGUUUUAGAUAAUGGCAGCUGGAACGGCCUGAUAGCUGAAAUUUUAUUGGGUAAGGCAGAUGUAGUUGUGACUAGCAUCAAGAUCAACUCGGAACGGCAGACGGCGGUCGACUUUACUGUGCCGUUCCUAGAAACCGGAAUAACCAUUGCUGUAGCCAAACGCACAGGAAUUAUUUCCCCCAAAGCAUUUCUUGAGCCCUUUGACACCGUAUCGUGGUUGCUCAUUUUACUUGUGAGUAUCCAAUUAGCAGCAUUUUUUAUCUUUGUCUUCGAAUGGAUGAGUCCAUCAGGAUAUGACAUGAAGGGAGUGCCGCCAAGAGAUUACAAGUUCUCUUUGUUUCGCACUUACUGGCUGGUGUGGGCUAUUCUAUUUGGUGCGAGCGUCAACGUUGAUUGCCCUCGAGGGUACACAGCAAAGUUUAUGUCUAGCGUGUGGGCAAUGUUUGCAGUAGUUUUUUUGGCUUUAUACACGGCAAACUUGGCAGCCUUCAUGAUCACCAGAGAGGAAUUUUAUGAUUUGUCUGGCAUUGAAGAUAAAAGGCUAAAAAAUCCUUGGUUGACGGAUCCUCCAUUUCGUUUCGGAACCAUUCCUCACGGUAACACAGAGGCUGUCCUCGAGGAUAACAAACCUGAAAUGCACAAAUAUAUGAAGAACUUCAACCGGUCCUCAGUGAAUCAAGGAGUUAAAGCCGUUAAAAAAGGGGAGUUGGAUGCCUUUAUCUAUGACGCCACUGUUCUGGAAUAUCUGGCUGGUCAAGACAACGAAUGUCGACUGUUGACUGUUGGUUCUUGGUAUGCCACAACAGGCUACGGCUUUGCUCUGCCCAAGAAAUCCAAGUAUCUAAGUAUGUUUAAUAAAUGGAUGAUACAUUACCGAGAAAACGGAGAAUUAGAGCGCCUUCAAAGAUUCUGGUUACAAGGGGCUUGUAAGCCAACCAAAAAUAAAAGAAAUGCCACAAAUCCGUUGGAUAUCAAUCAGUUCAUGAGUGCCUUUCUUCUUCUUGGCUGUGGUGUCCUUUUCACCGUUGUCCUGUUGGGAAUGGAACACUUAUAUUUCAAAUACAUCAGGAAACACCUUGCAAAGACUGACACAGGAGGCUGUUUCGCACUUGUCAGUCUUAGCAUGGGGAAGUCCCUCAGUUUUCGCGGGGCUGUCUUUGAAGCUCAAGACAUGUUGAAACAUCAUCGAUGUCGUGAUCCAGUCUGCGAUACUCAACUGUGGAAGGUCCGCCACGAACUAGACAUGGCCAGAUUGAAACUACGACAACUUGAAAAAAAGCUGAACAGAGAGUCUUCAUCCGAUGAAUUCUUGGUACCAAGAAGCAUGACCCGGAGCCACAUCUGCAUUAGCGAACCAUAUCUUCUACCACCUUCUCACAGCUACUAUUGCAGUAACUAUUACGACAACCUAGAAAACAUGGAAAUCACCGAGCUUGAAACUGUGUUGUGACCUAAGACUAUACGUAUUUUGAGCUAAUUGGGGUUUUGAAUGAGUGGCUGACGUACACUGAAACCUCUUCUUCUUUAUCUCCCAAUAUGAAUAUAUGUAUUGGAGCAUAAGAAUGAGUGCUCAUUCAGCUCAUAGUUUAUGAUUUUGGUGUCAAGUUUUGAGCAAAAAUGUAUAUCAUUUAUAAAAACUUAAUUUAUCUGCAUUUCUACUGGAUUAUUUGAGCAAAAUGUUUUUAUUUUCCUGUUGCUUA